ACGGCCGCCGCGGCGGUGGCUCUGCAUCUCCAAAAAGGGCCCUCCGACUUCUCACUGGGCCAGUCCGGCGCUGGGUGGCGGAGCCCUACACUGCUCCCGCCGGUCCCAGAGCCGGGAUCCCUUCUCUUCAGAGUUUCGAGCAACUUUCCCCGCCUCUGGAGCUAAAGUGGCUCGGGGACUGUGACCACCGCAGGUGGGAGAGUCCCCGGCCCGGCUCUCCGCAUCUUCGCUGUGCGCUCGCGCUGGGAAAGCCCUGGGUGCGUGCACCCUGGGGGUCCCCGGCCUCGGCUCUGUGGGCGAGAUGCCUCUGGGACACAUCAUGAGGCUGGAUCUGGAGAAGAUCGCCCUGGAGUACAUCGUGCCCUGUCUGCACGAGGUCGGCUUCUGCUACCUGGACAACUUCCUAGGCGAGGUGGUGGGCGACUGCGUGCUGGAGCGAGUCAAGCAGCUGCACUACAACGGGGCCCUGCGUGACGGCCAGCUGGCCGGGCCGUGCGCCGGCGUCUCCAAGCGGCACCUGCGAGGCGACCAGAUCACGUGGAUCGGGGGCAACGAGGAGGGCUGCGAGGCCAUCAACUUCCUCCUGUCCCUCAUCGACCGGCUGGUCCUGUACUGCGGGAGCCGGCUGGGCAAAUACUAUGUCAAGGAGCGGUCCAAGGUAGGAUGCGUGCGGGUGCCCAGCCGCAGCUGCGCUGCAGGGGACGGGAAGCCUUCAUUCGGAGUGUUGUGUCGCCUUCGCUGGGGUGCAGCGAACUUUGGUUUUUAACCAAGAAGUCAGCUUGCCUAUCUGCCCUACUUGCGUCCCCUCCACCUCCUGGCCUAACCCCUUAAGCAAAAGUCCACGUUAAGGGGCUCAGGUGUCUCGUGAUGAUGAGCUUCUGCUGACUCUGAAAGAAUUGCCCUGGUUUUGGUGAUGACCGCAAGGACAACUGGCUGGUGGAGGGAAAAGAUAUUGGAAACACUGCGACACGCAUGUCCAUGAUCCGAAGUGCCUCCUUUAAAGCCACCCGGUACUGCCCUUCACAGUAGCCAGAGGCACUCUUAACUCUACUAGAGGCAAUGGUGGCUUGCUAUCCAGGAAAUGGGACAGGUUAUGUUCGCCAUGUGGACAACCCCAAUGGUGAUGGCCGCUGUAUCACCUGUAUCUACUACCUGAAUAAGAAUUGGGACGCCAAGUUACACGGAGGGGUCCUGCGGAUAUUUCCGGAAGGGAAAUCGUUUGUAGCAGACGUGGAGCCCAUUUUUGACAGACUUCUGUUCUUCUGGUCAGACCGCAGGAAUCCACAUGAAGUCCAGCCCUCCUAUGCCACCAGGUACGCUAUGACUGUCUGGUACUUCGAUGCUGAAGAAAGGGCAGAAGCCAAAAAGAAAUUCAGGAAUUUAACUAGAAAAACUGAAUCUGCUCUUGCUAAAGACUGACUGUGGUGUGCAAUCCGCUGGCCGCAUUCGUGUAGUAACAGUUCCGGAAAUGUUAAGUGUCAAGAUCCAAAGAAUCCAUACAAUCCCCUCUGCCCACGUCGUUCAGCUCCCCACCUUGUUUGUGGUACUUCAUGUUUUCUUGCCGGGACUGCGGUGACCUUCAGACACUCUCUUUGCCAGAUGAACUCAUUUGCUAACUCCAGAAAUACCUGCAGACGACAUCCUAGCUGGCCAGCGGUUUAAAGAUAGAUUUGGGAAUUCGGCUGUUGAGCCCAGGACUGCUUCUUAUUCGCACUUUAUGUAUGCGUCCUGAUUUGAAGGGAGGAGGUUCGCAAAGAAAUAAAGUUGGUGACAGAUGCCACGAAGGGGUACCCUCCAAACCCUCACAGCAAGAAAGAGAAAUAUCUGAACGAUUUCCAGAUGUUGUUAACCAGAGUCUAGACAGUGACGACGACCUAAUGACAUUAUCACCUCUAGAAAGGGCUGCUGCUUAGCAAUCGAUUUAUAGAUAUCCCACGGUGGAUGCUCCAUUUUCCUGGUUUACGACCCGUACUUUCUGAAGGUCAUUGCUAAGUCAAUGGCUCUCUUGUGGAAGAUGAUCCCAGCAUUUAUUAUGCACUAUGUUUACUUCUUACUUGGGGAACCUAAUUAUCCAGAGAAUAAAAUUCGCCAGGUAGUUUGGGUUGUUUUUCUGGUAUUGAAAUUUGAAGUUAAAUCAGAGGAUAGAAAGCUUCCUGGUAAUUCAGCACUGGAUUCUGCUAACUCUAUGGGAAGAGCAAAGCCCAACUUACAUGAUUCGUCCGAGCAUCCCCAUCCCGAGCAGUUCAGUUCGGGGAGGGAGAUGGGGUUGGAAGUGCAGACAGGGUCCUUUCAUCCGUGUGUGUUCCCUUUAACGGUUCAUCGUCCAUAACAAAGAACAGUGUGCUGUACUCUUAAAAGAGAUGGAAAUAAAAAGACCUCAGAGCUAUUGGAGUUCUUCCACAUCAUCUGCUCUGCCAGCCUCACUUGAGUCGUCUUGAUCCUUGACUGCAACUGGCUGGUAGGACGGCCAGAGUUGUGGGAUUUCCCAGAACCGUGGGAGGGUCUCCUGCUGCAGGGGGCAGGUGUCGCUUCCUCCCGAACUCUGUACGAAACACCUAUUUUACGAAAGUUAGCCACCCUCGUUUCUGCUGCUACUUCCCCAACUUUCAAACCUCUUUAAUUUCCUAGCUAGAAUCCCACAAGCAGCAUAGACCUGAAAGUGUUUUAUUUCGUCAUGUUCAGACAGAUAGACAGACAGACUUUCCAAGACAGAAGUUGAUACUUUUCCUCUAAUUGUUUUGGAAAGUGUCCAGGAAGAACUGUCAUCCCACCCCCACCCCCAACACCCCACCCCCGCCCCCAACACCCCCACCCGUGCCCCGUCCCGUGGCUCAGUUUUGUUUUAUUUAGUAUUUCCCACCUUCUAACUUGCAAUGUCAUGUCCUUAUUUAUUUUGUUUAUUGUCUCUUUAGCCUGUGAUGCCUAGAGUGUUAAGUACAACGAAGACAGGGAUUUUGUACAUUUUUGACCCAUGCAAUAUUCCCAGCGCCUAACCUAAUGCCUGGCAUAUAGCAAGAAAGGGCUUAGUAAAUACAUGCUCAAUAAACUCAGUCUCCUCUGUA